AUGGCUGAAGAAAAGUUUGAUCCCAUACUAUUCUCAAUGGCGCAGCAGAUGCCAGGCGGUGUUCCGGACCUUCUUGAUGUCCUCUUUGGCUUCCUUGCCAGGAAAACCGACUUCUAUUCCGGUGCUGGUGUUGAUGAAGCUCGAAGUCUACUUUUGAAGUAUUUCGAGAAGCACGGCAAGGAGGCCAUUGAAAAAGCUGCCGAAAUCAAAAGAAUGAAAGAAGAGCAAGAGCGUAAAUUAGCUGCAAAACGAGCUGCUCACAAGGCAAAGGAGGAAGAAGAGUUCAAGGUGCUGAUUUCCAAUCCUUUUUCUUUUCUUGCAGUCGCUCAAGCAAGCGGUGGUAGCAAGAUAGAAGAAAUUUCUGAUGCUGAAGCAGCCGAGUUUGAAAAGAAACACGGCGAGAAGCAUGUCGUAUCUGAACCAGAGAAAACAGAAACAAAAAAUACCGACGAAGAUAAGCCCGCAGAAGACGAGGAUGAAGAAGACAAAAAUAAACUCCGCCCUAAUAGUGUUGGAUUCCCUCUCAAAUCAAAGGAUGUUGAUGUUAGCGUAGAAAAGUCUCAUCUGCGUAUGAAUGGAAUGGAAUGGUGGAGGUAUGUGGUUAAAGGUGAACCAGAAAUCAACACUAAGAAAGUGCAGCCAGAAAACUCGAAGCUUUCCGAUCUUGACGGUGAAACAAGGAGUAUGGUCGAAAAGAUGAUGUAUGAUCAGAGGCAAAAAGAACUUGGACUACCAACCAGUGAAGAGAAGAAGAAACAAGAUAUUCUUAAGAAAUUUAUGGAGCAGCAUCCUGAGAUGGACUUCUCUCAAGCGAAAUUUAGUUAA